UAUUUAUUUAUACCAUUUAUUUAUAAGAAUGUAGUAUAUGAAACUUUCCACUUAGAAUUUGGAAUUUGGUGAGGACUGACGAGGUCAGGUGCUGCUCAAAGGAGACUGUAAAACCACUGUUCAUUGGCUUCGAUUUACGGAAGUUACAGACGUCAUGUGACCACGUUUUCGUCACCAGCAACUCUUCUUGAAAGGGAGGUUGGAAUUAAACCGGGCGAUGCCAGAUUUUAUGCGUUUUCCUUAGUUAUUUUAUGUUUUAGAGAUAUAUCCAUGUAAGGAUUAUGGCAGGAGUGUUUGAUAUAGAAUUAUGUGACGCCCCUGAGGCCCACCAAGAAGAUCUAUCCGAAGAUGAACUCUUAGACAUAGAAGAUUCGGAUAAAAUUGAGGAAGAUUUUCAAGGACCCCACAUUGAUUUAGAAGAUGAGAAUAUUGAAACACUUGAAUUAUCUGAACACACAGUCAACCCUGGGCAAUUAAAAGCUGGGACACAUGAUUUUGAACUUCUGAAAGUUCUAGGGAAAGGAGGAUAUGGAAAGGUAUUUCAAGUCCGAAAGAUUUCAGGCAAAGAUGCUGGGAAAAUUUUUGCUAUGAAAGUGUUAAAAAAGGCAACAAUAGUUAGAAAUGCCAAAGACACUGCUCAUACAAAGGCAGAAAGAAGUAUUUUAGAAGCUGUAAAGAAUCCAUUUAUAGUGGACUUAGUCUAUGCUUUCCAAACAGGUGGAAAGUUGUAUCUCAUUCUUGAAUAUUUACCCGGGGGAGAACUUUUCAUGCAGCUGGAGAGAGAGGGAAUAUUUAUGGAGGACACUGCUUGUUUUUACAUAGCAGAAAUUACUCUUGCCUUAGAGCAUCUUCACAGCACAGGAAUCAUAUACCGAGAUCUCAAACCUGAAAACAUAUUGUUGACAUCAACUGGUCAUAUUAAAUUGACAGACUUUGGUCUAUGCAAAGAAUCUAUCCAAGAGGGCCAUCUCACACAUACCUUUUGUGGCACAAUAGAAUACAUGGCUCCAGAAAUUUUGACCAGAAGUGGCCAUGGAAAGGCUGUUGAUUGGUGGAGCCUUGGAGCCCUGAUGUAUGACAUGUUGACUGGAGCACCCCCAUUUACUGCUGAAAACAGAAAGAAAACAAUUGAUAAAAUUUUAAAAGCAAAAUUGAAUCUACCUCCAUAUCUCACCAACGAAGCCAGAAGUUUGAUAAAAAGACUGUUAAAGAAGAAUGUGCAGGAGAGGCUGGGGAGUGGUCCAGAUGAUGCAAAUCCAAUCAAGGCCCAUGCCUUUUUCCGUCAUUUCAACUGGGAUGAUUGUGUAAAUCAUAGGACUGAACCUCCUUUUAAACCAAACAUAGCCAGUGAGGAUGACGUCAGUCAGUUUGACACCAAGUUUACUAAGAUGACCCCGGUGGAUUCUCCAGUUGAUACAGCUAUUAGUGAAAGUGCCAAUCAAGUAUUUCUAGGUUUUACAUAUGUGGCUCCAUCAGUACUGGAGGAGCUACAGAGACCUUGGAUUGCAGUCAAGGAACCAAGGUCUCCCAGGAAAGUCAUAACUAGUCCAAAAUUUCCAGACCCAAGCAUGGUCCGAUCUCAUCCAUUUGCAUCGUAUGGCUUCAAUGUUCCAUCUCGUUCAGGAGCACAGGAAGAGGCUAUGGACACCUCAGGGCCACCAAGGCCUAGAUCACCAGCCAUUGCAACUAAAAAUGGACCUAAAGAACGAGAUGCUUAUGCUGGUUCAAAUAACAGGCCACCACAUCUACGAUUUACGUAAUGAUUUUAAGUUCUAGGCAAUUUUGUAAAAAAAAAA